AUAUUAUGAUGCUUCAAUUCUUGAACUUAGAAAAUAUGUACAAAAUCUUAAAGAUGAACAAAAUAAAGAAAUUUUAAAAGAUUUACUUCCUGCAAUCAAAGAAAUCGUUGAAGCCGAAGAUUCAACCGAAGUUUCAACUGAAGAUUCACCCUAUGAUCUCAUCGCGCUAAAUUUACCUAACCCUAAAGACUCAACCAAAGACUCAAACUAA